CAUGUUGAAAGUUCAUAAUCAGAAGCAGAUGUUUUGUUUAAUUUAAAGAGAAAAGGACUAGGUCGUAGUUUUGUUGAAUUAUAUGAAUGUUUUAAUCAUAGAGAGUAUUAUUAUUUGAAAGAGUAAUCAUUUGUUAUCAUAUAAAUUUAGCUUGGACCCAAUCUUUAUAAUUUGAUGAAAAUCCAUAAAAAUCAUGGUAUGACUUUAAUAUGAAGCAUUAGUAAAUAAUUAUUAAAGUUCAUUGGAAAAUUACAUAAUCUUAAAAUUGUUCACACUGAUUUAAAACAAGAGAAUAUCCUUUUUAGUAAAAAUUACAAAUUAAAAAAAGGAUACAACUAAGGUAAUUUAUCAUAAACUGCAAAUUGAAUUAUAUUAAUUUCAAAAUUUUAGACUGAAAAAUGAUUUGUAUAUUAGCUAAUAAGUUCUUUAUUUAGAUAUAGAAUUAUUUAGGUAGGAGUGAAUAAUUUAAAAUAUUUAAGGACGCUUGCUAUUUUAAACAAGAAAGAACGAGUAUGAACAUAUGGCUUUGGUUGAAAAAUAACUGAUCAAAAUUUCCCUUAUUGGAGGGCCAGCAAUGUCAAAGGAUCAUUGAAUUAAUAUUUCACCAGGAAUUUUUCCAAUGGGAAAUACUACAUUUGGCCAUAGGAAAAUACAACGAUGGAGAGCAUAGCUAAAGUCGAAAAUUAGAAUCCAUUAAGGGAAUUGAUACUUGA